GUCGAAAAAAAACCGUUGAAGGUGUCGGACGCGGGAGUAUUGCGCGUUGUCAGUUCAAGUGUAAAGAAAUUUAACAAUUUGUUACAACGAAUUUGUUGUAAUUGUAAUAAAUAAUGCGGCAUACGAUGUGCAAUUAAAUAAAUAAGGUGCCUAUUAGCGCAAACGGUUGAAUUCGUGCGAAACACAAGCCAAAAUAUAAAUGAAAUAUUUCGUUUAGUGAAGCAAACGCAAACAAGCAAAACGUGUACCAGUUUCUAAAUUGCAUUUACAAAAUAUACACAAAAAUUUUUCAAUAAAAAAAAAAAUCUAAACAAACGCAAUCGAAUUCAAGAAAUCGUUUUUGCUAAGCUCUUUAUGCUGCCAAUCGCCGCUAAAUAAACAAAUCUGGCAUCAAUUUCUCGACAACUGCUGCCGCUGCAACAACCCAACAACAACAACAACAGCAACAGCAACAACAAUAACAACGCCGCCAUCACCCACGCCAGUAAAAUGAAAUCAAAGCUGAAAGCUGCGCAGCUGACGUCGCCGUUGUCCAGCAACGGUAAAUGGAUGCUGGUCUCAGCGCUGCUGUUAGUUCUGCUGGUGGCCGCCACCCAAGCAGCUGAAGAGAAAUCUGUGAAACCGUCGGCGACAGCACCCGCAUCCGUAUCCUCCACAUCAGCGAACCGAGAUGAAAUUUAUAUCGAUGACGAUGAAGGCUCCGGCGGACGUGGCGGGAUACACGAUGAUCUAGAAAGCGAUCCGAACUCUUCUGGCUCUGGCUUUGGACCCGAUGACGAGGACGCCGACGUAACCGAUCGUCAUUCGAGCUCACACAAUACGCGUGUGCAGAACGUGGCCAAUACAAAUAGUAAGCAUAAUACGAACGACUACGACGACAACAACGACCUCAUCUCGAGUAGAGUCAACCAUCAUAAUCAAAUCGACAUCAACAACAAGAACAAUAUCAAUAAUAAUAACAAUAACAAUAUCAAUAAUAAUAACAAUCAUCAAGCGAAUAGUGGCACAAUCAUUGGUAGUAGCACCAACAACAACAACAACAACAACCAGAACCUGAACCUGAACCAGAACCAGAACCUGAAUCAGAACCAGAAUCAGAACAACAACGGCAUCAUCAGCAGUGGCACAAUCGCAGCUAACACGCCAACACCAACAACACCAACAACAACCACAACAACACAAACAACAACAACCACAAGCACCACCACCAUCAAACCCCAAAUCAACAAUGCGCCCACUGUCAUCUCCUCAGCAGCGGAGCCAACUGGCACCACGAACUCCACAACCAUAUCCAGCACACCCUCAACUCCUGCCAUUAAUCAGUCCACGCCCACAAUUGCAACGGGUCGGCAGCCGGUGUUGCCCGAUCGGGAUGAGGAUGAUUCCUUUGAUCUGGAUGACACGCAGGCGGGCAGCGGCGAUGGUGAAGAUGACGACGAUGAUGACAAUACUGAUGAUAAUGAUGAUGAUAAUGGUGAUGAUGAUGAUGCCGAGGAUGAUGACGAUCAGUUAGUUGAUCCACAUCCCGAGAGCGAAAUCAGCCAAACGAGACACACAAAUCUGGACAAGUCCAAUGUGGACACAAAUGAACGCAAGCCCGUUGUGGAUGAUGACGAGGAUGGCGACGAUGGGCGACUCAUCGAUUUGGAUGACAAUGUGGAUGAGGACGAUGUCUACACAGAGAUCAGUGUCAACAAGGAUGUGACCCACACAGCCGGCGGAUCGGGCGGCAGCAGCGGCAACAGCAACGUCCAGGAAUUGGACCCGAAUACGAAUAUCAAUAGCCAGCCCACAGAUACGAAGAUCAUCGAGCACAGGCCCGGCGGCAGCGGGGAGGUGGUCAUCAUGAGCGAGGAGGAUCGCACGACAAGUUUCUUUGCGCAGCCAGGCAUCUUGGCUGCUGUCAUUGGCGGCGCCGUUGUUGGCCUGCUGUGCGCCAUUUUGGUUGUCAUGUUCAUCGUUUAUCGCAUGCGGAAAAAGGACGAAGGAUCCUAUGCGCUGGACGAGCCAAAGCGUUCGCCCGCUAACAAUUCCUAUGCGAAAAAUGCGAAUAACCGUGAAUUCUACGCCUGAGAUAAUGGCCAAGCGCGCAGGUAUUAAGCUGAAUGGGAGCAGCAGACAGGAUGUGACAGGGCGUGGCAGUCAACAGCAAUUGGCACGGGUUCGAAUGCGAUUAAAUAAGCUCAGCUCAAUACACUGCGCGAAAAUAGCCCAUUUGUGGCAACAACAAACUAACAAAACAACAACAGAAACAACAACAGAAGCAACAGCAAACAAUUCUUGAGAAAACACACAAUUUAUUCGUGAGGGGUAACAUUUAAACAUAAAAGCAAAAACAAAAGAAAAUUCGGAAAAUUUUCAAACUUACCUGUAAGUUAAAUGCGUCACACACCCAACCACCCACACACACACACACACAUACAUACAACAAGCAGUGUGUGCGUGCGUGCGUGCGUGCGUGCGUGCGUGUGUGUGUGCAAACUUUUCUAAUUAAGUAAGUUUUAAGCAAAUUGUGUAAUACAA